AUGGACCGCGUGGAUCAAUAUAGAGAUCAAGCAGCUGUCCAAUGGGCUCGGCUACGCAACACCUACCAGCGGUAUCUGGAUAUCGCUACCCCACACACAGUGUAUAGAUGGGCUGCAACGUAUGUUUUGAUGUUCCUGUUUGCUUUGAGAAUUGUGCUAUGCGAAGGGUGGUACAUUGUUUGCUAUACAUGGGCGAUCUACCUAUUAAGCAUGCUGCUGCAAUUCUUGACGCCCAAGUUCGAUCCAUCAUUGGAGCAAGAAUAUGAGAACGAGUCCAUCGAAGAAGGUACAGCCAAAAUGAGUGACAAGGAUGAAGAAUUUAGGCCGUUUAUCAGAAGACUUCCUGAGUUCAGGUUUUGGUUGAAUGCCACCAGAGGUACAGUUAUAGCUUUGGUCUGCUCAUUGUUCAGAGUGUUUGAUAUUCCUGUCUUCUGGCCUAUCCUCCUGGUAUACUUUGUGAUUUUGUUCACUUUGACCAUGAGGAGACAAAUCCAGCAUAUGAUCAAGUACAGAUAUCUUCCAUUUGAUAUUGGGAAAGCACGCUAUGGGCGCAAGUAA